GUGAAAUGCAAAACCGUCGAGGGUGCUUGCAGUUUGGCGAAAUCGCUUCGAUGGUUCCCGUCAUCGCUUUGGCGCCGAAAGCGGGCGAACGCAUUCUAGACCUGUGCGCCGCGCCAGGAAACAAGACCCUAGCUCUCGCGGACGCCGUAGGUCAAGACGGGCUCGUCUGGGCCAACGACUAUGACAUCGAGAGGACGUGUUGGACCCUCACGCGACACACUGCGAAAGCACGCUCUGUCGGCGUAGCAAUUAGCUGCUGGGAUGGAUGCACGCUCGGACGGAAAAUUCUCCGAAGCGCAAUUUCUAGUCAAGGGCAAAGUAAAUUAGCAGCUUCACCACGUCAACAACAACUUCCUCCAGUUCAUCCGUUUAUUUUCGAUAAGGUUCUCUGUGAUGUUCCUUGUUCAGCGGAUGGAACGCUGCGCAAGUAUCGAGAUACGGUCCUGGAUUUCGAGCAAAAAUUGAGGUACGCAGUGUUCACGCUUCACCCACUACAGCUGGACUUGCUGGAAACGGCCUUCUCGGUUGUACGUCCUGGUGGUGUGAUCGCAUACUCUACGUGCUCUCUGAAUCCAGUAGAGAAUGAAGCCGUGGUUCGUGAAUUCCUUCGACGACAUCCCCAUGAAGCAGAGCUAGUGCCGAUGUUUGAAGAAGACAAGAAUGAUGCGGUUGAUGGGCUUGCGGAAGCGGAUGACGCCUGUGAUGUUGAUGUUGCGCGUGAAGAUAAUUGCGCUGGGGAUGAAGAUGAAGUAGUUGGGAAGAAAACAAAGCGCAAUCGAAUUGCUGCACCAGAAGGAAAAGAGGAUGAGACUGCUCUUCUUGUCCCCAAUGAACCGACGAAUCCAUGUUCCUCUAGCCCUAGAACAAAGGACCACGAUUCGUUCCCAAAUGAUUGUACCGGUACGUUGCGUGGUACAUCGAGUUUUCAAUGCCUGCGAGGACUUACAACAUGGACGGACGUGGAGGCGUUUUUAGCAGAGGAAGAGGGAAGGCGUGAAGUGGAGCAAACCCCAGGUGGAAAAAGUAGUAGCGUUAUCGCACGCUUAUUUACCCCAAAAACCGAAGAUCUACGAGAUGAUGAUAUUGGUGCGAUACAGAAGAGCAAAGAAGAAGAGGAGGCCAACCACGACGAGACUGCGAAGGACUCAUCUACUAGCUUCGCUUCAAAGAAGCGUGAAAAAAAGCAAAACCCGGGUACAAAGAAGAAGAUCUUUCCGUCUUCCGUUUGUCCGCCUUCUGUGCCGGAUGCAAGGUUGCGAGGGUGUGUGCGUGUGAGUCCCCACUUGGAGUCCGUUGCUGGUGGGUUCUUCCUAGCCCUUAUACGGAAAAAAGACACAAAUGCAACAAUUUCUGAUGGUGAAGAUAUCAAGAACCCUACUUCGAGCUCGAGUUCAACAAUUCCGGAGAAUGAUGAGCAGAAGCUUCAGCAGGAGAAAGAAGAAGACGUAAAACAGCGACAACUUCGACAAGCCGGUUAUUUCAAACGGUUGCGGGAGAAAGCGAAGUGGCGUAGAGAACUAUCCUCAAAAUGGGCACGGUUCUUCACUUCAACCUACGACGAAUCUCUCCUCACCGGCUUCGACUCCGAGAGCCCAUCCGGAGCAAAUGCAACGUCGGAUGAUGUUCUUGAUGCGACCCAGAAACAGAAACCACAUGCGAAAGAACCAUGUGGUGAGACACCAGUAAGGCAAGAAGGAGAGAAAGAAGAGCAGAAAAAGGCAGAACAAGAUUCUAAACAUCACGUCACUCCAUGGGACUUUUAUGGGAUAUCACGAGAAAGCAUUCCCGGGGGCGAGAGUAGUGUGUUUUUUCACACAUCACGAGGACACAAGUGUCCGCGCAAAGUUUGCGUGGUCGCAGAGAAAUUGACUCCUAUUGUGAACAGCGUUCUUGCUAACGACGAGGAGGAGCGUAAUCGUUUGAAGCAGCAACGCGAAAACAAGCUGAACCUUAGCAAGGAAGCCAACCAGAAGAAGUCUACUGGGUUGAAAACUUCAAACGGGCAAGGUCAAUUCCAAGACAUGGAUGAUCCAGAACUUGGCUUCGCCUUGCCCUUGAUUCAGCUAGGUUUGCCACUGUUUAAGCGGGAACGCAACGAGAAGUACAUGCGACACCUUCGGUGCCGCUACCGUCCGACUCAGCGCAUGAUCGAUUUUUUGCUCAAACACCAAACAAAGCGGCGCUUGGCCAUUACUAGUUCCCCUGCAACAUCUACACCAUUUUCUCGCGUCAGUCCCGAUCAUGGAAAGGAUGAGAAUCUUUCUGCUUCGUCUCGCAAGAACAUGGGCAAAAAUAAUGACUUUGUGGAGUUUCUAUCCCGGGAUGCAAAGGAAGGGCUACCGAUGGCAGAAUUUCUGCAAUGGGCCAAGAAAGGCCGCAUCUCCGGGAUCGAAAGCUUGAACGACGAGGUCGGGGCAGCCUUAUUGACAAACGCUGCCGGUUCGCGUGGUGUAUGCGUUUUUGUCACGAGCCAAAGAGUAAUCGUCUACGCCGACCAGGAUGAAGUUGAUGCCUUGUUGUGGGAAGAGAAAAUUACUGCAACUACUGCUCAGUAGUAAAUGUUGCCAGGGAUACGUGGUCUACAACAACAGAAGCCGCGACCGCAAAUGGGGGGAACAAGUAGCCGUCGAGGUCAGACAGUUUCACCUCCCGUGUAGAGCAACUGGGGCAAAUGAAACAGACUCAGCAAAGUGCUGGGGGAUGUUAACUUCGAUGAUGCAUGACACAUUGUCCUCUAGUCCACAGAUGAAAGGGAAUUACCUACUGUACUGAUACUGUGGUGUGAAAACAAACAACUGUACCUCCUGUAUCCCAGUUAAAAGGAAGAUGCCGUUGUACUAGUUCUAGUUGCGGGUUCCAGCCCCGCCUCUAUUACAAAAAAUCAUUCCCACUGUUAUAUAUAAGCAUAUUUGGUUUGCUUAGAAC